CUUUUGCCCAUAGCAAAAGAAAAGAACAUAUGCUCACUGUCUUCUCCAAGCAAACUCCUUUUCUUCCACAGAAAUACACACACACACCCCCCUCUCUAGACCCACCUAAGGAAUCCAUUCCCUUUCUGUUUUUCCUUCUCCUUUCACUCUCACAUGCUACUCUAUAUCAUGUCUUUGCCUUUAAAUAUCAAACCCUUGUUAAUUAAUUUGUUGAAUUUACAAAAGGAAGGGGGAUGAUAUGGGGGGCUUGUUCUCACAUCCUAAAAAGCACAACCAAGGAGGCUAUGUUAGAAGAAGAAGAAGCAGCAGCAGCAGCAGAACUAGAAACUUAGACGCACCAAGAGAAGCAACCCCAUAUAUAUACCCAAAGAUGACGUCCAGAGAAGUAUCAUCUAAUUUGGACAGAAGUGGCAGUAGCACCAGUAUUGACCAUGGGAGUGCUAGUAGUAUUCAAAAGAAAGGCAACUCUCUGGUAGAAAAGAAGCCAUCUAUGAAGAAGAAAUAUGCUUUCAUCCCUGAUACCUUUUCUUCACUUGACCAGGUUACAGUGGCCUUGAGAGAAGCUGGUCUGGAAUCAUCCAACCUUAUUGUUGGAAUUGAUUUUACUAAAAGCAAUGAAUGGACAGGCAAAGUCUCAUUCAAUAACCGGAGCCUGCACGCCAUUGGCGAUACGCCUAAUCCAUACGAGAAAGCAAUCUCAAUCAUUGGAAAGACUCUAGCUCCUUUUGAUGAAGACAACUUGAUCCCUUGCUUUGGCUUUGGCGACGCCACUACUCAUGAUCAAGAAGUUUUUAGCUUUCACAGUGAUCAUUCAUCUUGUCAUGGUUUUGAAGAAGUUCUGUCCUGCUACAAAAAUAUAGUCCCAAACUUGAGACUUUCAGGGCCGACGUCGUAUGCACCAGUAGUUGAGGCUGCUAUUGACAUUGUGGAGAAUAGUGGAGGCCAGUACCAUGUCUUAGUCAUCAUCGCGGACGGCCAGGUUACUAGAAGUGUCAAUACAAGUGAUGGAGAACUGAGUCCCCAAGAACAGAAAACAAUUAAGGCAAUUGUUGAUGCAAGUCAAUAUGCACUCUCGAUCGUUCUUGUUGGAGUUGGCGAUGGACCGUGGGAAGACAUGAAGAGCUUUGAUGACAAGAUACCUGCAAGAGAAUUUGACAAUUUUCAGUUUGUCAACUUCACUGACAUUAUGUCCAAAAACAAGACUCCUUCAGAGAAAGAAACAGCAUUUGCUCUUGCUGCCCUCAUGGAGAUCCCCAUCCAAUAUAAAGCAGCAGCUGAGCUUCAUUUAAUCGGUCAAAGGACGGGAAGAGCUAAAAAAGUGGCUCUGCGGCCUCCUCCAGUUCCUUAUGCUCGUCGUGCACCAACAGAACGUCAAGAAAGCGACCUCUCAGCAACCAUAACAAAUGAAGCACAGGCAUGUCCUAUUUGUCUGACUAAUGGGAAGGACUUGGCCUUCAGCUGCGGUCACAUGACUUGUAGAGAAUGUGGAUCAAGGGUGUCCAACUGCCCCAUCUGCCGUCAGCGGAUAACUGAGCGCAUCAGGCUGUACGCUUGACUGCAGCACAAGAACUCCGCGUAGCGUACGUACAUAAUCUUUGUUCUUCUGAAUACAUAAGUUUGGAUUUCCUGUAGAAAGCUAGACAAGAAUGUGCUGCGAGUGUAUAUUGUCUAAUUGGUUCUCUAUGGGAUCUUCUCUCCCACACCUUAUCUGUGUAUAUAUUAUAUUCUGUACUUGUUUCCAAUG